ACUUCCUCCCAGCGUCACAUUCAUCCUUCUGCUUCGCUUCUUCACUCUUUUCCUCCGAUCUGUGUUCGAGCCUUCGAGCUCACGAUUUGGCGGAAAGCAGCUUGUUUCAGGAGGGAGAGAUGUCUGGUAAAGGCGCUAAAGGCCUGAUCAUGGGCAAGUCCUCGGCCCUUAAAGACAAGGAUAAGAAGAAACCAGUGUCGCGCUCUUCCCGAGCUGGUCUUCAGUUCCCUGUUGGUCGUGUUCACCGUUUGCUUAAGUCACGCAUUGCCGCAAGCGGAAGAGUAGGAGCCACUGCCGCAGUGUACUGUGCUGCGAUUUUGGAAUAUCUUACUGCUGAAGUGCUUGAGCUUGCCGGCAAUGCGAGCAAGGAUCUGAAGGUUAAGCGCAUCACACCAAGGCAUUUGCAGCUUGCUAUUCGUGGCGAUGAAGAGCUUGAUACACUGAUCAAAGGUACCAUAGCAGGUGGAGGUGUGAUUCCCCAUAUCCAUAAGUCCCUCAUCAACAAAUCAUCCAAGGAAUAGUAUUCUCCUACACUUAAUCUUCUAUGCCGUUCUUCCCAGCUUUAAUGACAAAGUGUUCUUAGUUAUUAUUUUCAUUAUUAUUUUUAUUUCUUCUGUUUGUAGAUUUACAAUUUUUGGAACUUUGUUUGAAUAUUUGUCCAAAACUUACAACUUUAGAUGAUUUCUUGAGAUGAUUUUCAGAA